AUGGCCGAAAUCACCAUUACCGGCUUCCAGUCGCGCGAUGUGCGUUUCCCGACUUCGCUCGAUAAGACCGGCUCUGACGCUAUGAACGCUGCUGGCGACUACUCUGCUGCGUACUGUAUUCUGCAAACCGACUCUCAGUACCAGGGCCACGGCAUGACCUUUACCAUUGGUCGAGGCAACGAUAUCGUCUGCGCCGCCAUCAACCAAGUCGCAGACCGCCUCAAGGGCAAGACUCUCAGCUCUCUUGUCGAGGACUGGGGCAAGACAUGGCGCUACCUUGUCUCUGACAGCCAAUUGCGAUGGAUUGGUCCUGAGAAGGGCGUCAUCCAUCUCGCUCUUGGUGCCGUUGUCAACGCUGUCUGGGAUCUCUGGGCCAAGGUCCUACAGAAGCCGGUCUGGCGUAUCGUCGCCGACAUGACGCCCGAGGAAUACGUCCGCUGCAUCGAUUUCCGCUACAUCACCGACGCCAUCACCCCCGAAGAGGCCAUCACUAUGCUACGUGAACAAGAGUCUGGCAAGGCUGCUCGUAUUGAGGAUGCCCUGCAGAGCCGCGCCGUUCCUGCUUACACCACCAGCGCUGGAUGGCUUGGCUACGGUGAAGAAAAGAUGAAGCGCCUCUUGGAAGAGACUCUUGCCAAUGGAUACAAGUACUUCAAGCUCAAGGUCGGCGGCAGCGUUGAAGAUGACAAGCACCGCCUUUCCAUUGCCCGUAGUGUCUUGGGCUACGACAAGGGCAACGUCCUCAUGGUCGAUGCCAACCAGAUUUGGUCGGUCCCUGAGGCUAUCGAAUACAUGAAGCAGUUGAGCGAGUUCAAGCCUUGGUUCAUUGAGGAGCCCACAUCCCCAGACGAUAUUCUGGGCCACAAGGCCGUCCGCGAAGCCCUCAAGCCCUAUGGCAUCGGUGUUGCCACGGGAGAAAUGUGCCAGAACCGUGUCAUGUUCAAGCAGCUGCUCAUGUCUGGUGCCAUUGAUGUCUGCCAAAUUGACGCCUGCCGUCUGGGUGGUGUCAACGAAGUCCUUGCUGUGCUUUUGAUGGCCAAGAAGUACGGUGUACCCAUCGUCCCUCACUCCGGUGGUGUUGGUCUGCCCGAGUACACUCAGCAUCUUAGCACCAUUGACUACGUUGUUGUAAGCGGAAAACGUUCCGUUCUCGAGUAUGUCGACCAUCUCCACGAGCACUUCUUGCACCCAUCAGUCAUUACCGAUGGCUACUACAAAACGCCUAUGGAGGCCGGCUACAGUGUCGAAAUGAAGCCUGACAGCAUGGACAAGUACACGUUCCCUGGCGAGGAUGGCGUCAGCUGGUGGAAGAGCGACGAGGCAAAGCCGAUUUUAGAAGGAGUGAAAAUUUAA